AUGCUUAUCGCCGGGUUCUCAAUGCUAUCCUUCCUCGCUAUAUACGAAAAGUGGGUGGCCCCCGUGCCUUUGCUCAACAUUGUCUUCCUCACAGAGCGAACCGUUAUUAGUGCCUGUCCUUUGAAUGCCACCUACCGGCUAUCGUACUACUGUUGGAACAACUAUUUCUCCUCCUUCCUACAAGUGGCCAACGGCUUGACGAUCACUGAGGCUGGAUAUGUGAGCAACACAUUCGUUGUCGUGUCUGGUGUGUUAUUCCUCUUCUUCGGCUGGGCUAUCUGUAGGACCGACCGUCUCAAGUGGCUGUUAUACAUCUCCACCCCGCUGCACAUUUUCACGCAGGGAUUAAUGAUCUAUUUCCGGAAGCCUAGCAUAUGCAUCGGAUACCAGACCAUGUGCCAGAUUUUCAUUUCGAUCGGCGGUUCGAUUUUUAUUAUUGUCGAGCAGAUUGAAAUAUUAGCCGCUGUUGAUCACCAACAGGGCAUUGCUGCUUACUGCAUUAGCUUUGUUAAAUCUCGUGGGUACUAUCGGCGACUCUCCCGGUUAUACUAUCUGCACAGCUAUCUAGACCAAUACCUUCCCCAAGGCCCUCAGAGGAUAUCCCCCAGAAUCGGCUAUGUCAAAAUUUGA